AUGUCUUUAAAAGUAAUAAAAGAUUAUAUUGAUGUUAUUGAAUAUUUUAUCAAAACUAACCAAUUAACUGGUGAUGGUCUUGAUGAACAAAAUCGAAAUAUUCUCUUUCAUGCAUUGCCUAUAGGAAAUACUUCCAUGAUUGAACAUUUAUUAAAAUCAAAUUUACCCAAUUUUGAUAUAAAUUCCAUUACUCAAUCUGGAAAUAGUCUUCUUCAUUCAUGUAUUAGCCUUCAACGUAUUGAUCUUAUAGAAUUAUUAAUAAAAUAUUAUCCAACUAUAAAUUUAAAUCAACGAAAUAAACAAGAUGCAACGCCACUUCAUCUUGCUAUUAUUUAUGAUGAUCUUGAAUUAGUUCGUUUCCUUAUUCAGUCAGGUGCUGAUGCAAAAUUAACUAUGAAAAGCAAAACAUGUUUACAACUUUCUAUUGAGUUCAAUCAUGAAAAUUUGAUUGAAUUCUUUUCCAAACUUGUUUAA